UUACUCACCUCUUAAGCUUUCACACACAAUUCAUAUACUUAACAUAACACACCAAAAAAAACAAUCUUAGUGAUAAAAUUAAUUAGAAUGGCCUUAGCCAAGUCCAAGAAACCAAUGAUCCCUCUAAAAUCUGGCCUUACCACAACUCUUUUCUUUGUGAUUCUCUUUACCAUUCCGGCUCUUCUACUUCUCCACACCCCCCCAACUUCCAUUUGCACCAGCUUCUCUACUUACACGAAGACGUUUUCGGGGGAUCUUCGUAAUGCAGAAUUUUCAUGGAACCGUCUGAAAUUCUACAAACAAGAUCCCCCGUUGGAGCGGAUGAAAAUAGCUGUUUUCUCCCGGAAAUGGCCCAGUGGGGCCUCCCCGGGAGGUAUGGAGCGUCAUGCACAGACGCUCCAUACUGCUCUGGCCAACCGUGGCCACCAAGUCCAUAUUUUCACUUCUCCCCCUUCGGAGGACUCUGGUUCAACUCUGUCUUCUCAAGAAAGUGAUCCAUCUACGAAAUUCUCUCCUCAUAUCCAUUACCACGAGGGUGAAGCGGGGAGAUGGAGCUACAACAAGGCAUGGGAGCUGUAUGAAGAGGAACAGAAAAAUGGCCUUUUCGAUGUGGUUCAUUCAGAGAGCGUAGCACUGCCUUACUGGCGAGCCCGAGACGUCCCCAACCUUGCGGUUUCAUGGCAUGGCAUUGCCAUGGAAAGUGUCCACUCCAAUAUCUAUCAAGAUCUCGUACGUGAUCCCAAAGAAAAAAUUUCCCCUGGUUUUAACACAACAAUACACGGGGUAAUUCCUAAAGUACUUGAUGAAAUAAGGUUUUUUCAACACUAUGCUCACCAUAUUGCUAUAAGUGAUAGCUGCGGAGAAAUGCUCAGAGAUCUUUAUCAAAUUCCUAACAAAAGGGUCCAUGUCAUAGUCAAUGGAGUCGACGAAAAUGAUUUCAAACAAAACAGAGAAUUAGGCCAAAAAUUCAAAGCUCAAAUAGGCCUUCCAAAAAAUGCAAGUUUAGUCCUUGGAGUUGCAGGAAGACUGGUGAAGGACAAAGGCCACCCCCUUCUCCAUGAGGCCUUCUCCAAGCUCAUAGAAAGCCACCCGAACGUGUACCUCAUCAUUGCAGGAUCCGGGCCCUGGGAGAAUCGAUACAAAGACUUGGGAUCCCAAGUGAUCACAUUAGGCUCCAUGAAGCCUGAUCAGCUAGGGGGAUUUUACAAUGCAAUUGACAUUUUUGUCAACCCAACACUGAGACCACAAGGGCUUGAUCUGACACUGAUGGAGGCCAUGAUGAGUGGAAAACCAGUCAUGGCGUCGCGAUUUCCAAGCAUCAAAGGCACAAUCAUCACUGAUGAAGCGUAUGGUUUCAUGUUUUCUCCGAAUGUGGAGUCUUUGAAGGAGACAUUGGAUUUAGUUGUAGCAGAGGGCUCUGAAAGGCUAGCUCAGAGAGGAAAAGCUUGUAGGGAAUUUGCAGCAUCCAUGUUUACAGCAACUAAAAUGGCAUUAGCAUAUGAGAGACUGUUUCUUUGUAUCAAGAAUAAUACAUUUUGUAGGUAUCCUUAGCUAAAUCGAUUAUAUAUAUAUAUUUUUCGUUA